AUGCCGACUAAACGACCGGUGCCUUUGAGCGAUGCGGCUCUUGGACAUAAAGGUGAUGCCAGCAGCGAGCUCGCAAUAGGCGAGACAAACGCUGGUGUGCCGUUACCAGUAAAGAACACGUUCAUUGAUAUGCCAUCUGGCUUGACUCCGGUGAACUCUCCGAGCAAAGAUGCCCACCCAUCGAGUACAGCACCUGCCCAGGUUCAUCUGCGGGAGGGAUGGAUUGACAGGGCGAUCGACCGGGGCGUCCUGGAUGCCGUGCAAGAGACAGUAGACUCACCGGCCAACGUGCCCACAGAUCCAGGUGUGCCUGGACUGGCCUCGACCAGUUCCGCCCAGCGGCCCGGGGGCCUCGUGGCCUGGGGCUCGGUUUGCAGGGUUGGGGUUCCGGGUGAGCUCUGGACUGGCGUAGGUGGUUGUAACAAGUUGUAUCUCAUUCAGUUCAGUGUACGGAUGUAUAAAGAACAGCCGCUGGAGUCAGAGAUUUGUAAGCUUCGUCUCAUGGCAGAUCUGACUUGA